UUUUUGUCACCUUCAUUCGCCCUCGCUACAAUCAACCUCCUUCCCUUCACACCAAGACAGAAUACUCUCCGGAACGCCAUUAUCCUAUCUCGACUGUCCAUCUAAUCCUUGCCGAACCUUCUUUUUUUUGUCUCCCUUUUUCUUGUCCUGACCGUUCCUUCGGACCUUCGGAUUCGGUGCAAACAGCCAUAAUUACCAGAACCAGUCUACAAGGGGGGAAAAAAGCCAUGUCGUCUCCAUCAGAAUCAUCUUCUGCCGGCAAGCGAAAGCGCUCCAUUGCCGUCGUUCCUGGCUCCACCGAAAUGGUAGACGCGAAUCUGCAAGCCUCUUCCCGUGAUACCUCCGGCAAAGAGGGCGACAGCACUGCUCCCGAGUCGGCCAAGUCCGCCCAUCCGCCUAAGAGGCAGCGGGCCAACUCGGAACGCACUCUGAACGUGGAUGCCGUCGACCAUGCCAAGGAUCCCGGCGAGCCCAGCGACACCACCGAGGCCAGCGCCGACAUUGCCGAACGCGUCAGCAGGAAGAACCGCAAGGCGACCGCCCCUACCGUCGCCUCGCCCAACGAGGAGACCGAGGAGACCGAUGACAAGAUGCCGCCCCCCCCUUUCGGCAAGCUCAUCCAUCCCGCGGGCUACAGGACCAAUGACCCCCCUGUGGGCCGGCCCGUCCGCGUCUACGCUGAUGGCGUAUUCGACCUGUUCCACCUCGGCCACAUGCGGCAACUCGAACAGGCCAAGAAAACCUUCCCCAACACGUACCUGCUGGUCGGCGUAACUGGCGAUUCGGAAACACACAAACGCAAGGGUCUCACAGUCCUUAGUGGUUCCGAACGCGCCGAGACGCUCCGGCAUUGCAAGUGGGUAGACGAGGUCAUCCCCGACUGCCCGUGGAUCGUCACUCCCGAGUUUCUCGAGGAGCAUCAGAUCGACUACGUCGCCCACGACGACCUUCCCUACGGCGCCGACGAGGGCGACGAUAUCUACCGCCCUAUCAAGGAGCAAGGGAAAUUUCUCGUCACUCAGAGGACCGAGGGUGUCAGCACUACCGGCAUCAUCACCAAGAUCGUUCGUGAUUACGAAAAGUACAUUGCUCGCCAGUUCAAGCGCGGCGCUUCCCGCCAAGAGCUCAACGUCAGCUGGCUCAAGAAGAACGAGAUGGACCUCAAGCGCCACGUCCAAGACAUGCGCGAUAACAUCCGUACGAACUGGGCCACCACCGGUCAGGAGCUCAGCCGCGAGCUACGCCAGUUCUGGCCCUCCUCACGCCCGCAGAGCCCGGCGCCCAGCUCCCGAACCUCAUUCUUCCCCAACGGUAACGCCUCUGCCGCAGUCGUCUCCUCUUCCAACGGCGACGGCACCCUGACACCGACAUCGGCUGCCAAAUCCCGUUUCAGCCUGGAUAUACCGCCCACGACGCCGGGCGGUUCCGUCUCCCCGGGCAACGGCCCCAAUGACUUCAUCACUGGCUACGCUCUCGGUCUCGUCGGUGGCGUCCGCUCCUGGAUGACAAGGAGCCGGCGGUAUGACAGCGAUAGCCCCAGCCGGCGCGCCAGCGAGGACGACUCGGAAGAAAGCGACAGCAAGAGCACGCGUGGCCGCCUCACGAGCUCGAAACUGAAGUCCGCCCAGACGCCUAGCGUUUCAACAACACUGUCAUGAUACGAACAAUCCCGAUACGGAAAGAAGUUCCAGCUAGUAGUGGUCGUAGUAGUAAUAAUGGCAGUACAACAUGGAAAAUUGGCAAGGUAAUAAAG